AUGCUCCGUUUUCUCAAGAAACAUCUGAUGGCCUUGUUUAAAAUCCUGAAGAGAUGGGUUACUAGACAGUCUGCUAGUGAUAGCGAUUUCUCCUUCUCCUUCAAAUUUCCAGAUGAUGAAUUGUUCUCCGAAUUCUCCGAUUCUUCAGAUCAUUUGUCAGUGGAUUCGCUCAUGGAAUUACAAGAUGUUGUUCUUGGCGAAAUAUUACCAAAACAGGAGGUCAAGAAAUUGAAGAAAGAAUACGUCGAAAUGCUGAACCAUAUCAUCAACAUAAAAGUGAGUAACUUAAUAAAUCGCAUGAACAAGAGUACAGAAUAUAUCCCUUUGAAUACGAUUAUAAGAAGUGCAAAAUUAAUAUUUCCGCGCAUACAGAUCGAUGGGAACAGUUUGGUAAUGUGGCUCACAAACACAAUGGAUUUUAAUCCGGAUGAAGCACUGUACAUGGCAAAUUUAUUAUCGUCGCACAUCAUCUUAUUCACAAUUGUUAAUCACUAUCUGACUUUGUUGAACAUUGGUUGCUUUUAUCGUAAACGAUCUUCUAGCUCACAAACAACUUAUAAAACUCACGUGAAGGAUUAUGAUUACGCUAUUUACUUGUGUCAAAGAGAAACUGAUGAAAAUUUACAUGGAGAUUUGCUUAACUAUAAAGUGAAAAAGUUUGCAAAAAACAAAGUAGAUUUGAAUAAAUGGGAAUUUGAGUUUGAACUAGCUGAUAAGUCAAAAAACAAACAAUAAUGAUCCAAAUGUCAAAACAUACAAAAGAUAAUCACAAAAAGUUCAACUACAAUAAAUCACUUUAAAAUUAGACUUUUAAAAUGCUUAAUAAA